UAUUUAAAUACAUUCUCACCAUUACUCCAACAUUUAAUACCAACAAUAUCCUCUAAUUUCUCUCUCUAAAUAAAAUUAAUUCCAAAUUUUAGUUGCUCAAAAGGGAGAAUUAAGAUGAAGCAAAUAACCACAAGUGCAACCACUAGCCUAAGUUGUGGUAAGCACAAUUAUAAGAUGCAUAGAGAUUCACAUACAAUAUCCAAAUUGAAGCCGAAAAUACGAAUAAUUCAUAUAAUAGCACCAGAAAUCAUCAAAACAGAUGUAGAGAAUUUUCGCGAACUUGUACAAAGGCUAACGGGGAAGAAUGCUGAACGUGAAGUCAAAGGGAAAAAGGCGAAAAAAGAGAGGAAGAAGCUGAUAGAAUCAUCACCUCAACAACAACAAGAUCAAGACAUGAUGAUGAUGAACAUGUUGCUUCAAGAUGAUAAUACUAAAAAUUAUAGGAUAUUGAAAGAGGAAGAAAGUAGUAGUCAUGAAGAAGAAGGUAUAUAUGGAAGUAUUGAAAAUUCAUCAAAUGGAUUUUUGAGUGGUUUUGGAUCAAUGGAGGGAUUUAUUCAAGACUUGGGUGAUCAAUAUCCUCUAUUUCCUAAUUUCAAGCCUAAUCAAAUUACUAAUAUGUUUGGUGAGAUGCCCCUUUGCUAAAUAUUUUCUUGACAAAAAAAGGUUCCUUUGAUAUAAUUUUAACUUAUAUCCAUAGUGUGCGGAGGAUUGCGUGACCAUGAUCGAUGACUUCUUGAUUAAUUAUACCUUCUUCUUUUUUUCUAAUUUUUUUUUGGGGGGUUGGAUUUGGAGUGGUGAUCAAAAGGGAAGAUGCUGAUUGACUUUAAUUUGUUUUUCUUCAUUUGUAGAGAGAGAGAGAGAAGAUCC